AUAUAUAUAUAUAUAUAUAUAAGAAACAUUCAGAACAAUAAAAGCAUCCUUCCUCCUUGCAUACAUAGCCUCCAGGAUGAUCCCGGGGAUUACUGUAAGAUCUGUUAAUUUAGCUGAUCAGUUGUAUGCAGCAUCACUGCCAUUUCCAAUCAAUCACAUUGGAUCAAUACGAUCGAAGUACAGCUGUGGAAAAAGUGUCAUUGUUAAUCAGUUGUAGGGGGUAUGAAAUAGUAAUAAAAGUAGUUAAAAAAAGACCCCAACAUGCUGACUGACGAGGUCUGUAUUCCCCACCAUGCAUUGCUGCACGCCUCUCACCUGAUGAAUGUUUGUUUGUAGCUUUAAAGACAAUAAACAAUUUAUGACACAAAUCAUCGCCACAUAACAGCAGGGCACCAGAAGAAAUCACAGUGCACAUCUCCAGCAAAGUCAGAUGUGAUGGAAAUGUGCAUGCUUUUUAGAUGUGUGUGUUUGUGUGUGUGCGCGCGCGCGCGCGUGAACACAGCAAUCAGCCGCCUCUUGUCUCUGCUGAGUGCAGCGUGUGAUUGACAGCUCCUAUUGAUGGCGGCUGAGAUUAGGCCAGCUGAAAGGCGUAACAAGCGGCGGCUGUGUGCAGUAAUUACGACCUUGGAAGAGAAAAAUAAAACAACACACUCACAGCAAAGCUAUAAUAAUAUAAUCCCGCACAAAACACUUUGACUUUUUACUCUAUGUUGGAAGCAUCACAACACGACAACGUUUGUUGUUCAACUCAACGAAUCCAUAAAACCCAUAAGUAUCCAGAAACAUUGAAAGUAAAAGAUGAGUGAUAUACCACAGACCAAGUACGUGUGAAAUACUACCAAGUCAGGUCAAAGGUGCGUGAUAUGUUGCAAUGUCCGUGGUAAAUGUAUUCCUCAUUAGAAAAUAACUCAACUUGACACUUUGUAUGUAACACAAAUGUACUUUGAUUUGAAGCAAAGAACAUAUAUCCACUGAAAAUAAUCGAAACCGUAACAUUUAUUGAGAGUCGUAUUUGCAUUUUUGCUAUUGUGACAAAUACUUCAUGUCUUUCCAUAGUCAUUUUAAGUCUAAAAGCCACAUAGCGAUUAUUUUCCUAGCCUGUUUUCUACGCAAUUAAUUGAAGAAACAUAGCAAGAACAGUUGAAUUGUAAUACUUGACACCCUAUCGAAACAUUAGAAUAGUUAAAUUAAUUUAAAUUGAGCUUUAAUUGUAAGAAAAAAAGAAAAAAGUUUGAAAUCAGCUAUCUUACAUACAGAUGGCCAUUUUGGGGAAACACUGCCCUGGGAAAGUCACAUGACUGUCACAUGACAACCACUCUAAAAUGUUUCUUAUGCUCACUUAGGGACUUCAUGGGUUCAAGUCAAACACAAGGCUAUAGCACAAGGCACAUUUAAAGUGUUUCAAAAGUAACCUAUAGAGAAAGUUGAUGCGUCCAUAUAUACAUGUAACCAUUAAGUACACCACAACAAUUGUCAAAUUACAAAAUGAUACAUAAAAAGCUUGUAAACACCCACCAUCAGGAUGACGUCAUGACCAUCUUUGUAAGUGUUAUGAUCGUCCACUGUUUUUUUUUUUUUUAAAUCACUUUUAACAUUUGGGAAUUAAGAAGAAAACUAUAUCAUGUGUUGAAAAGAAUGCUUUCUCAGCGUUGACUUUGUGUAUAAUUUAACUACUGUAGUAAUAGCAUCACAUGAUCUUGCAGUGUAACAAUUACUUACAGAAAGAUUUGUAUUUUCUACAACAGAAUAAAAUGUACAUUUAAAUACUGGAAUGAUGACAGUCAUUCUGCAUCAUUCUUAAACACACACCGACACAUUUGAUCUUUUAUAGCCCACAGGGAUAUAUGUAAACACGACCUGUAUCACAACAUUACCAAGGAAGAAUAAAGAUAAAAUACAUAAUGUUACAAGAAAACGUUUCAAUGUUGAAUGAACGUUAAAAGAGAUGUAUAAAAAUAUAUUUAAUUCUUAGCAUGUCAACAUUGAAAUGUUUUUUUAUGUAAAAAAAAAAAAAUAAAACGAUCAGUGUUGCCGGUGUAAAAAGGUUGGUAUCAAAUAAGUAUCAUGGAUGGGGAAGCCCUGCAGUCGACCCUGCUUGGGUUUCCUGCAGGCCACCGUGGUGUCAAGACCGCCCCCUCUGGUGCCAGCCGGCCAAUCAGGGUAUACCCGGAAGUGACAUCACGUGUGCCUUCCCCCAGUGAAGUGGCCCUUCAAAUAAUUUUCUGCUCCUCCGGCAGUGAGGUGUGUUGGCUCGGAGAAAGACAACUAAGUCAGACUUGAGACGGUGGUGUCUUCCUGUCUUCAUCCCGAACAAGUGCAUUUCCUGUCCAUCUCCCCCCACCUCAUCGAAUGCAAGAAAAGUGACUGACCGCCUCUCAAUUUUGUGUGUGUGUAUGUGUGUGGCACCUCCCCGCCAAAUAUCCGGCUACCCCCCCCCCCCGCCUCCCCAACCCACCUCCCACCCACCCCCUUACACCUUCCAGCCUGACUUCCUUGUCCACCUUCAGGCUCCUCCAGAGAGCUGCUCUCUCCGGCCCGGCUGCUCAGACCGGACUUCCACGUCAUGCCAACACACCUGAGGUCCAGUCCGGUUUGGAGGCAGGACGGCGUGUCUCGGCUUUAGUGGAUCUAGAGGUUCCGUAGACGAGGAGAGGAGGGCAUGCCCCCCGCUCACAAAGAGGAUAAGAAGAAGAAAAAUAAGUAGCCUCACAUCCUCUGCAGCUUCAUGUUCGAUCAGGCCGCAAUGGGCGAUCGGAACCACCGCUGUGGACCCAAGCCACUGUGUCCGGAUAGGCUGGACGCCAAGUGCCGGUCCCCGGUGCACAGCUCCUCCGACACCCCGGGGACCUCCUCGUCCACACCGACAUCCUCCAGCGAGGACGGCCACGACAAACUUUUAGGAGUUGACCCCGAGUAUUGCCGGAGGAUCCUGGUAAGAGACGCCAAAGGAACCAUCCGGGAGAUCGUCCUGCCCAAGGGGCUCGACUUGGACCGGCCCAAGCGCACCCGGACGUCCUUCACAGCCGAACAGCUGUACCGUCUGGAGCUGGAGUUCCAGCGGUGCCAGUACGUUGUGGGCCGCGAACGAACCGAGCUGGCCCGCCAGCUGAACCUGUCUGAGACCCAGGUGAAGGUGUGGUUCCAAAACCGUCGGACCAAGCAGAAGAAGGACACCACCAAGGAUUCAGAUAAGCGCUCCUCCACUUCGUCCGAGUCCUUUGCUACCUGCAACAUCCUGCGUCUGCUGGAGCAGGGCCGCCUCCUGUCAGGCCCGGCUCCGCCCCCGAACCCGCUCCUGGGCCCCACGCCGCACCCGGCCAACGGCGCUCUUCUGAGCAGCCCCAGGGGCGGCAGCUCCUCCACCUCCCCCGGUAUCAGUGGGGGCACUCCCCCCAGCUCCCUCCCGGGGGCCACGUUUGGGCUAUCGCUGCCCCCGCUAGGUGGCACCCCGGUGUCCCCUCGGCUCGCCGUCCCACCGCCGCACUCCCUCUGCUUCUCCAUGCCUCUGCUGGGCGGAGCACAUCAUGAACUGACCUCUGCCUACGGCUGCGGGUCGUCGGCCUUUGAGCCGUACCUGAGGAUUGACAGGAAGGAAGCGGAUCUGGGCGGCAAGAAAACAGUUUCCUAAAAUGACUCCCAGGUCACGGCAAGUACGUGUCGAUGGCGGCCGAGUGCUGACAAGAACAUCAUGUGACCGUCAUGUGAUGGAGGAAAAAAAACUGGAUGGCAAUUUGACACACUCUCUAUUGUGUUUGUGUGUGUGUGUGUGUGUGUGUGUGUGUGUGUGUGCGUGUGUGUGUGUGGAUAAAAAUAAUCAGAAUGCGACCCAGGACAGCAUCAAGUGUUUAUCAUGCUGUCUCAAUCUGGAUCGAAAAAGAGUAAGCGUAGCUUUUAAAUGUGUUAUUUAAAAAUGUUUGUGGUCCGGCAGUAGUUUGUGUAAAUUCUUGCUUUGCUUGUGUCUAUGUACUAACUUCCUAUGGUAGAACCUGGACCAUCUAGCUCUCAUAGUUUCAGUGACCCCAAGCGGUCCUGGUCCACUUGGUAGCGUGCCAGCUCCUCAUUUGUGGCGUCUUUGCUUUAACGAGCCACACAUGGCAGAAGAAGAGCAUGUUUGCUGUCUACUAGGGGUGUAACGGUACGCGAUCAGGACCUUGGUUUUAAAGUCACGGCUGAGAACAAAAUGUACCUAAGUGCUUAGCUUUUGUGGAUACAGCUUUAAUGAUUUCUAAAAUGACACGUAAAAAAAAUACAACCUGCUAGCAGGCCGAUAGAAUUCCAUCUAUAUAAAAUCUUGUGAAACGGCAACUUCUCACAAUAUGACCAUUUUCAUUUUCUAAAUUGCAACCUUUUUCUAGUCCAUAAAAGUCAUUCAUUCACUCAUUUUACCGCUUUAUUCUUGUAAAAUUCCGACUUUUUUUCUCGUAAAAUUGCAGUAUUUUCAGCCCGCCUCUCGCCCGAAGUCAGCUGGGAUAGGCUCCAGCAUCCCCCCCGCCACAACCCCAGUGAGGACAAGCGCCAUAGAAAUGGAAUGAAUUGCAGUAUUUUACAACUUUGCACAACUUUUUCACAUGUUAAGGUCGGGGGAUUUCUUUUUUUUCCUUUCAUCUUGUCGAUUUGUACCAUUUUUUUUUUCCCUCACAAUCUGACGUUAUUGGAACAUUGCAACAUUAUUAUAUUCUUCUGACAAAUGACAGCCUUUCAACUCUUGCAAAGUUCUCCAAUAAAAAGGAAUAAAUCCAAACUUGGAUGACAAACACAUGUACUUGGGACUGCAAUUCAAAAUUAGCAGCUAUGCUACUGUAGAAUGUGGCUCAUUUACAGUCUGCACAGAAGUAUCAGACUGUUCAUUCAUGUGCACUGUCCCAAAUAAAUAAACUACUGUUACACCCCUAAAUUAGGACUACGUGUACCGUUAUGCCCCUAGAUUAUGAAUACGUGUACCGUUAAACCCUUAGUGUUUACUGUGGUUUGCAUUCAUAGUGCCACAUGUUCCAUUUAGCACUUGCAAGGAACACACACGAAAAUCUUCCCUACUGUGUAAGUUGACGUGUGGUUCAAAGCACUUUAUGUUUGUUUGUCUUUCCCAUCCUCUCCUCCACUGAACCUGUUUGAGUGACAGCUUUGUUACAAAGUUCUCUACCGGUCAAAUGCAGUUUUUUUUUUUUUUUUUCACAAGCCUUACGCCAAGAUGUGGCAUGCGAUGGCGGCCUUCCUUCAGUGAGAAUGAAAAACAUCGGUUUGGCCUCAAUUUGAGCCACAUGUCACAUGACUUUUUCCUCCCUUUUCAUGGCUGUGUAUUUUCUUCUUUCUCACUGUGAGCUCUAAUAAGUUCUCCGAAGGUGCAGAGACUUCUUUUAAAGCCCCUGACACUGCUUAUAAAGACAUCGCUUUUAUGAAAGGCGUUUAAAGCAGCUGCAAGAUAGAAAAAAAAAAAAAAAAAAAAACACUACCUCGCUGGACGUAAACAGCUUCCACCGACGUAGUUCUGGUUCUGCUGGCUUGUUAUGUUUGGAUGUGCGCGUCUGUAAUGUCCUCGGCCCUUCACGCUUGCCGUUAUUGUCUGUAAGCGCCCUUCAUCAUUCAAGUACUGAGCAGCGCGAUGGAGCUGAGAGAUCCCCAAGGCCUGCUUCCCGCUCCGGUGUCAGAACCUAGACUUCUUUGUCCGGCGGCCUCCCCGCUGUGACGUCACCGAAACAAAGUGAGCACACUUCAAUAUGGUGCAUAAGAAAGAAUGUUCUUUAACUCUCUCUUUGCUUUGGUGGCACUGCGCUGGAGCACAGUCAUGUUGUUUCCUCCUCCGUCAUCUUGCAGUGCUUCUCUGCAAAUGCUGCCAUGUGCUUUGUGGAAAAGUAAAACGACACUUGAGAUUCUUUUCUUCCAGCAGUACACAUCACACUGAACCUGUGUCUCAAAUGGAAUACCUCCGUCAGUGCACUUCAAUAAGUACACUUUGUGCACUGUGUACUUACUUCCUGAGAGUGUCCCAAAUCCAUUACAAAAUGACGAUUGCAAUAUUUACUUUCUUCUUCUUCUCUCCUUUUUAAUAGUCAUUUGCAACCACUUGAAUUAGCCCCUCCUCUUGCGCUACGUAGCCAAGAUGGUGACGUUCGAGGGUGGCAAGUGUCCCUCACUGCGCACUCACCAUUUCGAGCGUUUUCGGUGCAACAUCUGUGUACUGUGCGUUGCAAUUUUCCAUACGUCUCAAAAUACUCAGUGUAAGAAUGGAAGUGCGCCAAUUGAGACACAGCAUAACUCUCUGUAUUGAAUUUACAGAUAACUAUUCUAUACAAAAGGGUCUUUGUGUGUGAUUGGAACAGGAAAAACAAAACUUUUCUAAUUAUGCUUUACAGUUCUUUGUCUCAUUAACAUUUUGCACUUAUUUAAAGAGGCUUGCAUCUGUUUUCUGGGCACAAUCAGCCGAGAUCUUGUACAAUAAUGUAUUUUUAUUCAUAUAAAUAUAUGUCUAU